AUGCAAAGCUGUGACCUGGAAGGGUCCCAUCUGGCCCACCACGGGGAACGCCUCUUCCACCUCCAUGGCGGCGCUGAGUCCGGGCGCAUCCCGCUCAUUUUGGCAACGGCCCCGGACAGGAGGCAGGUCUACGUCGUCCGGCGGAGGAGAGCGCUGCUGCGCAUGCUCCAUAGAAGGUGGCUGCGCGAACUGUUCUUGUAUUUCAGAUGCAUUCCCGAGUCCCCUCGCUGGCUGUACUCGCAGGGCCGGCUGAUUGAAGCCGAGGACGCCCUCUCCCUCAUCGCAAAGCGGAACCGCAAACCAAAGUGCACUCUUUUCCUUAAGCUGCCGGCGGACAGGAGCCCCAAGGAAGCAGGCAGCAUUCUGGAUCUGUUCCGAUACAAGAUCCUUCUGGGUCGGACUCUGGUGAUGAUGUUCAUCUGGUUUGUGUGCAGCUUAGUUUACUAUGGUCUUACUCUCAAUGCGGGUGACCUGGGAGGCAGCAUCUAUGCCAAUCUCGCUCUUUCUGGACUGAUCGAGAUCCCUGCCUACCCGCUCUGCAUCUACUUGAUUAAUCAAAAAUGGUUUGGCCGGAAACGGACCCUUGCAGCGUUUUUGUGCCUGGGAGGACUGGCCUCUCUCGUUGUCAUGUUUCUUCCUGAAAAGAAAGCUGCAGGAGUGUUUGCUUUUGUAAACAGCCGGUCCUUGUCUUUACUGGGAAAGCUGACCAUCAGUUCUGCAUUUAACAUUGUGUACAUCUACACGUCAGAACUCUACCCUACUGUGAUUAGGAAUUUGGAAUGGAGUGCCUGUUCCAUGUUCUCCCGAAUCGGAGGGAUUAUUGCUCCUUUAGUUCCAGCUCUGAAAAGAUCUGUGCAGUGGUCUCUGCCUUACGUCGUGUUUGGAGUGAUGGGCUUGUUGUCGGGCUUGCUGAGUCUCUUGUUGCCCGAGACCUUAAACAGCCCAUUGCUGGAGACGAUAUCGGACCUGCAGGUUUGCUCUUAUCGGAGGCUGGGCAGUGAAGCUGUGGCCCUGCAGACGCUGGAGGGCUCCCGGUCUGACCAAGAAAGCUCGGCGGGAAGCGACAGCGAAGACGAAGAGUUCUACGAUGCAGAUGAAGAGACUCAAAUGAUCACGUGACGAUCGAGAAAACACCUCCGUUUAGUCACCGCCUUUUAAAACUCUGGUCAGCCUCACCUGAACAAAUGUAAACGUGGAUAACAAUGGAAGUGGGCGGAAAAGACUUGGAGUGGCACCAUUCCGCCUGCAUCAGGAGAGAAACAGAAUCUAUCCCUCACUGAUGCCUGCUCUGUCAGACGGAAACCCACCCCAGUUCUGGGCGAUGUCGGAAAUGCAGCGGGCGCAGGAUAGGACACUAUUUGUGAAACCUAACAAUUGUAGCCAGAUUU